CAGAACAAACAUUCACAACAGCACAUAUUGAUAAGUUUGCUUCUCUGAGAUUAACAGACCAGCAUAUCAGUAGAGAAUAAUUAAUCAUGCCGAUUUACGAAUCGCCUGAGUCUGACAAUGAAGGUUGGGAAGCGAAGAAGCUCUUCGGGCGUCAAAGGCCGAUCCAUUCUGUUCUUGGAGGAGGAAGAGUUGCUGAUAUUCUGUUAUGGAAGGAAACAAAACUCUCAGCUUCAUUGUUGGCUGUUCUGACAUUGGUAUGGUUCCUUUUCGAGGUGGUCGAGUACAAUUUCGUGACGCUAGUCUCUCACAUUUCAAUCACUGGUCUACUCAUAGUCUUCAUAUGGAGCACCAGCGCAGAGUUCUUCAAUUGGAAUCCACCGCGGAUCCCUCAGUACUUGUUACAUGAAUCUACCUUCAAUGAAGUUGCUGCAACAUUUCAUAGACGAUUGAGUCAUUUCCUAACAAAGCUACUUGAAAUUGCUUGUGGAAAAGACCCUAGACUCUUCAUUAUGACAAUUCCUGCUCUCUAUGUAUUAUCUGUAAUUGGAAACUACUUCAGCUUUCUGAAUCUCUUAUAUUUUGGUUUUGUCACAAUGUUUACGGUGCCAUAUCUGUAUGAUCGAUACGAGACAGAGGUUGAUCAUUUUGCGGGAAGAUUUGGACGCGAUGCGAAGAAAAAUUUCAGAAAGUUUGAUUCAAAUGUUCUAAACAAGAUACCAAGAGGAAAGAAAGUCAGAUAAAUGUUGUUGAAGUAUUGGGAAUUUGUUCUGUUUCUUAUCAGAUGUUCAACAUAUACUUGUAAAUGCUAAAGACUUUGUAUAUAUUUAUGGCUGUGACUGUAAAAAAGUUAAGACAAGAAAGGAAAUUUGUUGUUGUUUGUCAAAUAAGACCAUCUCCAUAUUUUCAACAUGUUUCAAAUUUGUUAUUCCCACAAAUCCCUGCGAUCAUUCAAUCUGCUCUAUGCAAAUCCACCAUCUCCUCCAAACUCGGGCCUAACAUGUUCACCGGACAGCUGAACUAU